AAUGGUUUUGGAUGCCCAAAAACUGAUUGCUGGUGGACACGAUGUCUACAUCGAAACUAUCGACGACUAUGGCACACUUAUUUUCCACACUACCAGUCUCUUCAACACCUUUAUCGCAACCCAAAGAACCGACUGGUUGGAAAGAACGAUGGAUAUUACCUUCACGAACGGAACUGUGACCAUGUUCAACUUUGCUAUCGGUAUCACCGAUACGAAUAACCACAACCCCACGUUUGCAAGAAAUACGUUCCCCUACAAGCAGACCGAUGACGGGUGUUUCCUCGUAAUUGACACAACAAUAUCCGUCACGGAUGACGAUAUUGGAGAAAACUGUGUGCAAGAUGUCGCAAUAACGAGUUCCCUUCCUAUUGCAGUGGACAAAACGCCAAUCUGGGAAUUUGGCUUUAUGGGAUUCCGUCUAUCAUUGCGAAUUCCGAACAGUGUUCCGAAGCAGAAUUUGUACAAUCAUCAAAUACGACUAACUGCGUAUGACUCGAAUAGUUCCAGCUCGGUUUUAGUCACGCUGCAACCUUACUAA